AAAUUAACAUAUUUUACACAUACAUACAAAAUGCCUGGUUAUGAUUGCAACCGAUUUGUUAAUCUAAGUCCAUCGGAUAGGGCUGAGCUAACAUGUAGUAUAUGUCUGAAUAUUAUUUGCUGUCCAGUUAUAGCCCAGUGUUGUCUCCAUACAUUUUGCAAAGACUGUAUCAACAAUUGGCUGUCGACUAACAACAUCUGUCCGUAUGAUAGAAAAACACUUACAACGGAGGCAUUAACCCAAUCACCCAGAAUUAUGGUUAAUAUGUUGGGAAAACUUCAAAUCAAAUGUGAUUUCCAGGAUAAGGGUUGUACUGAAGUAAUAAUAUUAGAGUAUCUGACAAAUCAUUUAAACAAUUGUCGAUACAAUCCAUCAAACAUUCAAAGAGAUGAGUCAUUGUUAAGUAAAAUCAAUGAAUUAGAGGCCGAAAGAGAAAACUUAUUGAAAACAAUUCGAGACUUAAUAAACAGUCAACAAUUGACAACAAGUUUGAGUAAUCAUCGGCUUAGCACAAAUACAAUAAACAUACCAUUGGUAUCAUCUCAGAAAACAAUUGAUUUAUCGGAUAGUUUUAUCUAUAUAUGCGGUGGAAAUGAUGGGACAUCUGUAUUGUCUGAAUGUUAUAAAUAUAAUACACACACAAGUGUUUGGCAAUCAGUAAAAUCAAUGUCUACUCCGAGGCAUUAUUUUAGUUUGAUUUCAAUGGAUUCAAAAUUGUAUGCAAUCGGCGGCAGUAAUAAUGAAAACAAAUUGAAUAGCAUUGAAACAUAUGAUACACAAACAAAUCAAUGGAAAUCAAUUGCAUCCAUGAAUAUAAUACGCAGUCAACAUGAUGCAACUGUAUUAGAAAAUAAUUUAUAUGUAUGUGGUGGUUUUGAUAAGGAUAAUGUAAAUGUUAUAAAAUCAUGUGAAUAUUAUUCGCCAAAUAAUACUAAUGAAUGGUCUUUUACAACACCAAUGGCUACGGAAAGAAGUAAUCUGGAACUGGUAGCACACGAAGGGUUUAUAUAUGCUAUCGGAGGUAAUAAUUUAAAAGUAUCUUUUAAUACAAUGGAAAGAUAUGAUACAACAACACAACAAUGGCAAACAAUGGCUAAUAUGAAAUAUAAAAGACGUAGUUUUGGUUCAGCAUCAUUUAUGGAUAAAAUAUAUGUUUGCGGCGGUGAUAGUUAUAAUAAUGGGAAAUCGUGUGAGACAUAUGAUCCAAAAACAAAUCAAUGGACACAAAUUGCGCCAAUGCUUUUAGAAAGAAAUAGAUUUAAAUUGAUUGCAUUUAAUGAUAAAUUAUAUGCAUUGGGUGGACGAACAAAAGACUAUGAACCAACCGAAACGGUUGAAGUAUAUGAUUAUAAAGCAAAUCAAUGGUAUUAUACGACAUCAUUGCCAAUAAAAGUUUUAGGCUUUGGGGUAAUUAAUACUCAUUCAUAUUGA